AUGGCCGAGUUCUUACUACCUGGUACCAACAACUUCCGUAAGUUCACUUACGAAUCCUUGGCUGCUAUCGAAAAGAGAAUUGCUGCCAAGAGGAAUUCUCGAAGAAAUACUAUAGACCAGAAACCUGAGGAGAAACCACGUCCUCAACUUGACCUAAAAGCUUUCCAGAAGUUACCAGCUCUCUAUGGAAAUCCUCCUCCAGAGCUCAUUGGGGAACCACUGGAGGAUCUCGACCCGUACUACAAAGAUCGUAAGAUUUUCAUAGUGCUAAACAAACAGAAAACAAUCUUCAGAUUUACUGCUACACGUGCCUUAUGGAUCCUCAGUCCUUUCCAUCCAAUCCGAAGAACAGCAAUUAAAAUUUUAGUACAUUCAUUAUUCACUUUGUUUAUCAUGUGCACUAUUUUAACUAAUUGUGUAUUCAUGGCUCUGACCGAGUCCUCUAAGGUUUCUCCAUCUUCUUCGUGGAACAAGUAUGUUGAAUUUACUUUCACUGGCAUUUACACUUUUGAAUCAUUGAUAAAAAUAUUGGCAAGAGGAUUCUGUCUAAAUGAAUUCACUUUCCUUCGAGAUCCCUGGAACUGGUUGGAUUUCAGUGUUAUCGUUAUGGCGUACGUGGGAGCCUUUAGUAACUUGGGAAGUGUGUCAGUCCUUCGGACUUUCAGGGUUCUGAGAGCUUUAAAAACCAUUUCAGUAGUCCCAG